GAAAAAAUGCUCCGAAAUAUCUAAGAAAUUUGUUAGUACACUGAGGAUGCAUGACAACGCGAUCACAACCACUAUCCCACAUGUUAACUCUACAUCCGGUACAAAAUCGGCAAACUUCUGUCUCCAGUUUUUAAAAGUGAGCAAACAUCAUAUCCAGGGACAUGUGAGGAAACUGGAUUGCAGUGCUAAGCAAAAAGGGAGUGUUCCCCUUCCAACAGAUCAACUUAGGAUUUGGAAUUAGAAGCAUGGAAAUUACAAUGAAGAAUUAAAGAAGAAUGUAUUUGUCAUUGUGUAAAUUGAAAUAAAAUGGGUUUAAAGCUUGUUCCCAUGGAGACAGCCCAAACAGCACGAGAAAGCAAAGUUGAUGCAAACCCCACCUGCCUAGUGCUUGGAAAAAAAAACAGGUGUACAAAUUCGCAGUUAUGAUGCAGGUAUGGGUGGGACAACAUGAGCUGACGUAAAAAUGUCUGUAUACAUUCCAAAGAAAUAAAAGCUCUGCGUGUGAAAAGCAGAUUUACCUGUUUGUCCAUGGAGUACAUUUACAAGAGUUAUGAAACCACAACAAAAAUAUAUUUCACAAAAUAGAUAGUUUAUGUGUUUCUAUAUAUGUUAUAAUCGAACCAAACCUUAUGUCAUUUUUUUCAACCUUUUCUAUGGUCCCAAAUUUAAACCACAAUACCUUUCUGUAAUGAAAUGAAUUGACAGCUUCAAAAUAUUUUUGACUGUCAGGUAUCUAUAUCAACCUGAAUUCCACCUAGUUUAAAGAUGGUUUACUAAAGUAUGAGGGCUGCCUGUGCUUCUGAAGUUGUUGGGUGUGUUGGUGUUGGAGUUUUGAGUUAAAGUGGGCGGCGCACAUAACUCAAUGAUAGCGCCAAUGACGAAUUCCAGUAUUCAAGUGAUUUGUUAAGACGUCAAAACCACAUCGCUUUAGAAAAAUACUAAAACAGCUUUUUUUCUAUUUUAUAGUUUUUGUUUAAGUGUGGGACACAUUUGAGUAAGCUGGUUGUGGAUAUUCUGUGGAAAAGCGGACUUAGUCAAAAAGGUUGUCUUAUAAUACGUGGAGAUAUUGUACGUCGAUGGUUCGGCGCGUCUGUAUGAGUGAAGAUGUGAAACACAACCGUUUGUCUAGACACCUGUACUCGUCAUCAAGAAGGAUGGCGACCAUGGGCAGACAGAGCUUUGGACACAGGAGAUCUCUGGAUUAUGUGUUAGUUCUGAUCCUGUUCCUGCAGUUCUUUUCAGCAGCAACAACAAUACAGGUAGUAGCAGCAGCAACUGUACCAUCAACAACAACAACAACUGUAGCAACAACAACAACAACUACAAGACCACUAAUAACUCCAGCACCAAAAAUUACAACAACUGCACGAAAUGCAACUGCACAAAAUGCAACUGCACCAAAUAUGACAACAACUGCACCAAAAAUUACAACAACUGCACCAAAUGCAACUGCACCAAAUACAACAGCAACUGCACCAAAAAUAACAACAUCUGCACCAAAUGCAACUGCACCAAAUACAACACCACCAAAUGCACCAAAAAUUACAACAACUGCACCAAAUGCAACUGCAACAAAUACAACAGCAACUGCACCAAAAAUAACAACAGCUGGACCAAAUGCAACUGCACCAAAUGCCACUGACCCAAAUGCAGCUGCACCAAAUACAACAGCACCAAAUAUGACAACAACUGCACCAAAUAUGACAACACCUGCACCAAAUGCAACUGCACCAAAUACAACAGCAACUGCACCAAAUGCAACUGCACCAAAUACAACAGCAACUACACCAAAUGCAACUGCACCAAAUAUGACGACAACUACACCAAAUGCAACUAUGACAACAAUUGCACCAAAUGCAACUAUGACAACAAUUGCACCAAAUGCAACUAUGACAACAAUUGCACCAAAUGCAACUGCACCAAAUAUGACGACAACUGCACCAAAUGCAACUGCACCAAAUACAACAGCAACUGUAACGCCACCAACAAACACAACACCAGCAUUAACAACUACACCCGUACCCUGCAACUUUUCUGUAAGCUGUAAUCAAAUGUUUUACUGGAUGCUAAUAAACACAACAGAUCAAACCCUAAAUGCGGAAAAUGUCACAAAAUGGCUAAACAACCUAGACAACUGUAUCGGACAUGAUACUUCCAACAAAAUCGCAAGUACAAUAGAAAACCAAUCCAGCCUGGUUCAGAACAAAAGUGUCUUUUGUAAUGAGGCAGUGUCAGUGUCAACGACAUGUGAGGUUCUUCUAGAGCUGCGUGGACCUGCCAAUGUUUGCUGCAUUAGACAAACAGUUUUGACAGCCAGCAACUCAUUCGAUGUCAAUGUGGUGGGAGAUAUAGAGGGGGUGGGUGUGUGUUUAAAUUCAAACACUUCAAGUGAACAGAUAUGCAAUCAAAUUCAGAAGAACUGUACUCUUAGUCCACUACCGACAACAACCGAACCACCUUGUAAUUGUUUAUCAAACUGCAAUAGUUCAGAGGCCUAUUACAGUGUAACUCUGGAAAACAUGAGCAUGAACGCAACGGGAUUAAAGCCCUAUCUUCAUCAAUUGUUUGAAGCAUCAUGCGACGAAAAAUCUGAGUGUAAAAAAGUUUUUGUAGAUUUCGCAAGUAUGUAUUCGGAUUUCAGAGUGGCUAAGUGUUCAGGUGAAACGUUACAGAAUUGUACUGUUAUAGUGAAACUUAGUAACCCAAUGAAUGUAUGUAAAAUUAAGUUCGCUAUAGACUUCAUCAUUAAACAGCAGAAUGCCUACAUACACAUCACUGAUGUGACCAGAGUAGCUAUGUGCUCUUGGAGCAGUAAUGAUACUAUGGGACAAAAUAUUACUUUGAUACAAAGUUCAACAAGCUUUGAUGAGUUCUGCAGCAACAACAACAACAAUUCAAAGUCUCUUGUUAACUGCUUAAGUGUAGCUUUUCUUCUGAAUGACAGCUGUGAUGCUAAUCAGACCUUACCAAACAGCACUGCAACCCCACCAUCUACCACAGAGUCUACAAACACAUCAGUAGAUGCAGAAGGACUGUUGAAGCUGACUGCAAAUGCUUCAUCUUUAAACUCCAGCCAAGUAGACUUAAUCAUAUCUCAGCUGGAGAAGCUCCUCUCUGGACCCAAUGUCAGUAUGGGUCUGGCAAACACUUCAGUCGGUAUUGUGAACAACCUGCUCGAUGUUCCUGCAGAUGUGAUGUUUAAUUUCUCCAAGAGGGCCAAUGGGCUUGUGGACACAGUGGGUCUUAAACUGGUUGUAUCAGGAGAGAGUGAGAAAUUAAUUACAUCAUCGCUGGCUCUGGCUGUGAAAAAAGUCAAUGGGACCAAUUUUGAGAUGACGUCCUUCUCCAUAAGUGACUCCUCCAACCUGCAGGUCCGUAGUGACUCCAAUAGAGAUGUUGUGGAUCCUAAUCAGUCCACCUCUCUGGGCUCAAUCACUCUUCCAGCAUCCCUGACACAGAACCUCAGCCCACAGGACCAGCAGCUCGCAUCCAGAGUGCAGUUUAACUUCUACCAAAAGGACACCUUCUUCCAGGAUAAGAGACUUGAUGGACUUAACCGCAAACUAAUCAGUGGGAUUCUCAGUACCAGCGUUAGUAAUCUGAGCAUCUCCAAUUUACAGAAGAAUGUGACGAUAACAUUUAAAAAUACACAGAACCCGGACAUAAUACCUAAAACAAAAGAACAAAAUGUCACAAUAUCUGUGAAAUGUGUAUUCUGGGACUUGGGCUUAAACGGUGGUGCGGGUGGCUGGAAGUCUGAUGGGUGCCAUACGGUUAACUCAUCUGCUCUUGAAACACAGUGCAGCUGUAACCAUCUCACCAGCUUCGGUAUUCUGCUUGACAUUUCCAAGACUCCCAUAGAUCCGCUUCAAAACACAAUCCUGACAUACAUAACGUAUAUCGGCUGUGGCAUCUCGGCUAUUUUCCUGUCAAUCACUCUGCUCACAUAUCUAGCGUUCGAAAAACUGCGCAAAGAUAUCCCAUCUAAAAUCCUUAUUCACCUGUGUUUGGCCCUGCUGCUGCUGAACCUGGUGUUUCUAAUAGACCCGUGGCUGGCUCAGUACCAGGAUGUUAAUGGCCUUUGCAUCUCCACCGCUUUCUUUCUGCACUACUUCCUUCUAGCAUCCUUCACCUGGAUGGCCAUGGAGGCGGUCCACAUGUAUCUGGCCAUUGUUAAAGUGUUCAACACCUAUGUCUCUCGCUUUAUGCUCAAGAUAGGAUUUGCUGGAUGGGGUAUUCCGCUUAUUGUAGUCAUAAUCGUUAUUGCUACUAACAAGAUCGGCAAUAACUAUGGCUUGGUGUCAUAUGCAAAAUUUAUAGAUGGCACCACAGAUUAUUUUUGUUGGAUCACCAACGACAUUGUUUUCUAUGUUGCUGUGGUCGUAUACUUCUGCAUUGUCUUCUUGAUAAACUUCGCCAUGUUUAUCGUGGUAUUGGUCCAGUUGUGUCGCAUUAAAAGACAGAAUCCUCAAAACGUGCAGAACCGUAGUUCCUGGCAGGAAUUGCGCAGUGUAGCCGGACUCACUGUGCUUCUGGGCAUCACCUGGGGCUUUGCUUUCUUCGCUUGGGGCCCAGUUAACCUUGCUUUUAUGUACCUGUUUGCCAUUUUCAACACUUUUCAAGGACUUUUCAUCUUUAUCUUUCACUGUGCAAUGAAAGAAAAUGUCAGACGACAAUGGAGAGCAUACCUGUGUUGCGGAAAACUAAGGCUACCAGAACAUUCAGAUUGGAGUCACACACAAACUCAGAAGAUUAAAAAAACUACCAAGAAAAGACCUUCCUCAGCCCAGUCCAACAACUCCAGCUCGUCUUUCCUAAACAAUGACAGCGUUGCUGAUGCGCAUAUGGGCAUUGGUAACCCAUAUGAUGAUACGAUAAUAACAGCGUCUGAAGAGAACCCCUCAGAUGUGGUAUUGAACGAGAUCAGUAACAAGCACCUGAGGAAAAGAUCAUAUUGAACACACUGAUAGUAGCCACAAUCACUCUUACCUGCACAGGUGUAUCUGCAUGUGUGCAAAGUGUGUAUGAAGUAUGGUCUGAUACUGUUGCAUAUUGCAUUUUACCUUUACAUAAAGUAUUGUGUGUUGUAGUAUAUUCAACAAAAAGCAUUUAUAUUUAUACUUCAAGGGGUGGUUUCCUAUACAGGGAUUAAACUAGUCCUAGACUAAAAUAAAUGUAAGAGCUGUCCAAACUGAAAACUGACAUAUCUUAAAAUACAUCAGUGCCCUUUAUUUUGCCUUAAAGUAAUCUUUUUUUUAGCAAGGCAUGUUUGUUAAAACUAAUUAAACUAAUGUCUAGUCCUGGCUUACGCUAAACCCUGUCUGGGAAACCACCUUCGAAUGAAGCACUUUAAUCUGCGGAUUUAAAUAUGGCACUUGUCACUGCAACAAAAAACUUUGACAGACAUAUUAUUAAUAUAGGAAACAACAAGACACCAAAACACAUGCGAUGGUUUAGGGCUGUAACCAUUAUCUUACUGUGUAUAAAAUGAAAUGAUUGAGUCUGGAAUACUCAAAGCACUUAAAUCAAACGUGUUGUCUUAUUUUAUUUUUGUAUAUUUUAAAAGUUUUUAUCAUGAGUGUGACAAAUAAAAAAAAAGGAAAAGUU